AUGGCAGCCGCGUCGUUUGAGUUUGUGCAGGGAAGUGAGCGUCUGGACUGGGGUGUGCUUGUUGCCAUUGAUCUGCAGCGACUCAUGAAGGACACAAAUGUGGACACCCUGCAGCGUAUUGUGGAAAAUAUUGCCUUUGCUCGUGUCACACGUGAUGAGGCGGCGAUGUUCACCCCGGAGCACAUUCUACACCUCUUCACGCUGUGCCAGUUGGUGAUUCAGUACCUGGUGUGCUCGCAGGAGUGCCUUGCGAAGAUCAACGUAAAGCUGACAGAGCGUCUGCAGGAGAUGCAGCACCGUCGUGACUCGGCAGAAGCGGAGCGGGAGAAGCUGCACGAAGAGAAUGUCAUAUUACGCAAAGAGGUGAAGGCGCAGAGACGUACACUCCUGGCGUAUGAGUACGCCAAUAGUGCGGGUGGUGGUGUUGGAAUGACAGCACUGGGAGGAGGGCAGUCGUAUAUUUGCCCACAGUGCGGUGAUGCCUACACAAAGAAGGAAUCUCUUCAAUCGCAUGUACGCAAGCGACAUGCGGCGGUGAAGAACGGAGCAUCACCCCAAUCACAGCCACAGGAAGUUGAGAAGACCGCGUACGAGGCGCAGCUGUUGCAGCAGCGACAACUCCAAGAGAAGGUAGAGAAGCUGGAGAACCUCCUGGAGAAGGAAAAGGAGCGUAACGACCGGAUUCAGCAUGACAGCAUGAUGAUGCUGAUGCAGGCUGCCAUGGGCGGGGCACAGACAAAGACGCCCUCUCCAUCGCCAAUGCCACCACCACCACCACCAGCAACAGCAACAGCGGCAGUCGCAGCAGCACCAACAACAACACAAAAACAACAAACUCAAGAAACGUUGGAGCGGUCGCCGCAGUUUCAUGCACCCCCACUGCAGGUACCACCUGAAGUCUCCGCCAUUCCCGUGAUGCCAGACAUCGCCGCUCUUCAGCGGUACAACAUGACGCGGCAGCAAGAGGCAGCGAACAACGCCCUGCUGCGGAAGAUAUCCGAAUUGGAAGCACUUAUAUGCGAUCUGAAGAGUACAAAAAAAGACACAGCGGAGGCACGCGCCGCUCCCGUCCCCGAGCCCGCCCGCACAACCGUUACGGCCACACCACCGAUGGAAGUGUCGUCUCGGCCGCCACCACCACCAUCGACACAAACAAAACAAAAAGAACAACAACAGUCAUCGACAUGA